CAAUCAGCGGAUGUCUUACAUUGUUUACUUCAAGGUUAUUUUAGAGGAAAAGUGAAAGAAGCAGUUGUUGAGUAUCCUGACACACAGCGUGGACAAAAUGCUGCGAUCAGUAUCAACGGAAGUCUUAAAAAGUGUGUCUAAAUGGGGAAGCAAAAACAAUCUGAAGAAUUCUGCUAGAAUUUUGUCCCCCAGAAGUAGCUACAGUACCGAAGCUGAUGAUGACGAUGAUAGUUUGUCAUUUUCACAAACAGUAGACAAAUUUUAUGACAGGGCAUCGGCUCUUAUAGAGACUGAUUUAGCUAAAGGCAUGAGAAGCCGUGCUCCGAUGGAAGACAAGAUUAAAAAGGUAAAAGGUAUACUGAAGAUUAUUAAACCAGCAAACCACAUGAUCGAAAUCACCUUUCCACUGAAACGUGACAAUGGCGAGUAUGAAAUCAUUGAAGCUUGGAGAGCACAGCAUAGCCAGCAUCGCACGCCUUGCAAAGGAGGUAUUAGGUACAGUAUGGAUGUGUGUGAGGAUGAAGUCAAGGCUUUAGCUGCCUUGAUGACCUACAAAUGUGCAGUGGUGGACGUUCCUUUUGGUGGAGCCAAGGCUGGAGUCAAAAUCAACCCUGCUAACUAUUCUGAGAAAGAGUUAGAGAAAAUUACCAGGAGAUUGGCUGUUGAGCUCGCCAAGAAAGGAUUUAUAGGUCCGGGUAUUGAUGUUCCUGCUCCAGACAUGGGGACAGGAGAGAGAGAAAUGAGCUGGAUAGCAGACACAUAUGCUAACACUCUUGGUUACAAUGAUAUAAAUGCAAAUGCCUGUAUCACAGGAAAGCCAAUCACUCAGGGCGGAAUUCAUGGGCGCAUUUCAGCAACAGGCCGUGGUGUGUUUCAUGGAAUUGAGAACUUCAUCAAUGAGGCCAGUUAUAUGAGUAUGAUUGGACUGAUGCCAGGAUUUGGGGAUAAGACCUUUAUUGUUCAGGGAUUUGGUAAUGUAGGACUUCACAGCAUGAGGUACCUCCACAGAGCGGGUGCUAAGUGUAUAGGAGUGAAGGAGAUAGACGCCAGCAUUUACAGUGAAGAAGGGAUAGAUCCUAAGGAGCUGGAGGAUUAUAAACUGGAAAAUGGCACCAUCAAAGGAUUCCCCAAGGCUAGACCAUAUGAUGAUGAUUUGUUGUUAGCUGAUUGUGAUAUUCUGGUUCCUGCGGCUAGUGAAAGACAGCUGACCAAGGAGAAUGCUCAUCUAGUUAAAGCCAAGAUUAUUGCUGAAGGUGCUAACGGUCCUACUACAAUGGGAGCAGACAAGAUCUUUCUAGAGAGAAAAGUCCUGGUCAUUCCAGAUCUGUAUAUCAAUGCUGGUGGUGUGACUGUAUCAUAUUUUGAGUGGCUUAAAAAUCUGAACCAUGUCAGUUAUGGACGUUUGACCUUUAAGUAUGAGAGAGAUUCCAAUUACCAUCUGCUAGAGAGCGUACAACAAUCCCUAGAGAGAAAGUUUGGUGGAGGCAAGAAAGACACCGUUCCCAUCGUCCCAUCUCGAGACUUCCAGGAGAGGAUUGCUGGAGCCUCAGAGAAGGACAUUGUACACUCAGGGCUGGAGUACUCCAUGCAGAGAUCUGCCAGGAAUAUCAUGGACACUGCCAUGACCUACAACCUUGGUCUGGAUUUACGGACUGCUGCCUACAUUACCUCCAUUAAGAAGAUAUUUAAAGUGUAUGAGGAAGCUGGUCUCACCUUCACUUAGAGAAAAUUUAAUACGGCAUUACAACAAAACUCAGUCUUCAUACAGAGCUUUCAUUAAUAAGAUUUGCGUUUUGCACAGAUUUGUUUUUAUCUUAUGGUUGUUAAUUCCGUGUACAUUUUUGUUAAUUAUCAUAUGAUUUUAGCAAAAGAGAAGUCAGAUUAUGAAGGAAGAAUGGAGUAACUUUUACUGGAGAUUUUUUUCUUUGUCUCUUAGUUGUAGCAUGCUAGAUACAUGUAGAGUAUUUGGUUUUAUAUUACCAUUAUGCAUUUUUAUUUUAUAAUGAUCAUUGUAAUUCUUUAGUACCGUAUAUACCAAACAAUACUUGCUAUAGCUAUAUAUGAUGUAAUGUUGGUACAUGUAUAACUAAUUUUCUAAAUUGCAAAGUAAAUCCCUAAUGUAAGUUAUGUAACAUCAAACAUACAUGUACAUGUAUUAUUGUGUAAUAUUUAAAGUAUCUAAUAAAUAUAAAUUUAUUGUUGAUCAAAUUUUUCUUAAGGUUAAUGUAUUGGAAUGACUUAUUUUAAUUUAAGAUGAGGAAAGACUGACUGUGAACCUUGUUUAAUUAAAGAUCAAAUGAGCAAAAAACAAAACUAAGACAUAACUAAGAUCUACCAUGUUGAUUUGUCUGAUGUUUUUUUUAUCAAUUUUGUUAUGGUUUAACAAUGAAUUUGAAGAAUUCAGUCAAUAUCAUUUUACACUCUUCUUAUGUUAUUAAGAAAGGUACAAAUGUACUCAGACCAAGCAAAAUUUAGUUUUAAUCCAAACUCUUGUAAUUAAUGUGGGCCUUAAUAUUUCUUAAGCACUACAUUGUUUUGCAUGCAGGAUCACAUAUUUAGCUGAAUUACACAGCACUGCACUAGAUAGUAAUUUUAAGAGUAGAAUUAUUUGUACGAGUCAGAUUUGUUUUGGUGGAAAAUGCUAGUUUGGUUAAUACAAAGGAACAAGAGAAUGAUACUGACUGGUUGAUUGUCAGGCAAUAAAUAUUAAUACUCAUUUACAUGUAUUUGGAAAAUUGGAGGAAAAAAUAACACCAAAGGCAGCUGACUAACCAAUUAUCCAUCACCGUAGUUUAUAUUAUUAGUCUUAGAGAUCUGCUCCUGGAAAACAAUCUCUUUCUUGAACAUUUUUACAAGAAUAUUUAUGCAAGUAAAAAUCCACAUUUUUAUUUUGAGCAAGUGAUGUUUAAAUGUUGGUAUUCAACUUUUCAUUGAUAGGUUUUGUUUCAUUUUACAUUAUUUUUUGGCACUAUUUGAUACCUUGCCUGUGCACUGUGAAAACCCAAUUGUUCUGUUGCGUUUUUUUUUUAAUUUACUGAAAUGUGAUAUGUUCCCUCAGCACAUCCAAAUGAAAACAGUUUAAAGUAUUUGUGUGUGUAAGAUUAUUCCAUUUGAUGUUUUAGCUGUUGCUUUAGAUGAUAGGAGUGGGCCAGUUCCGGUCAAUAUUUUCCAGAUAGGUUUUGAUAUUAAAAUAAAAGGCGUAUACUAAAUAACAA